GGUGGUUGUUCUGUGAGCGCUUGACUGAAGCUGGAAAGGAUUCCACUCUGAAGCAGUGUCUGUGACGAGCCAUCAUGGUCCGCCUCACCAUGGAUCUGAUUGCCAAAUCCAGCUACCAUUUGAAAAACAAGAGAAGCUACUCCCUCCCAAUGUACCUCAAGAAACUCACUCACCUGAACUUCUCUAACAAGAACAUAGUGGACAUUGAAGAUCUCUCCAUGUGCAGAAACCUUAUAGUCCUCUACCUGUACGACAAUAAGAUCACCCAGAUCUGCAACUUGGGCUUUGCCUCAAACCUCACACACCUAUACAUGCAGAGCAACAACAUCUCUCACGUAGAUAACCUCUCCGACCUGCAGGAGCUCUCCAAGCUCUACAUGGAGGGAAACAGCAUCACGGUGGUGGGGGGGUUAGAGGAGCUGAAGGAGUUCUACCUGGAGGGAAACAGCAUCACGCUGAAGGAGUUCUACCUGGAGGGCCAGAGACUGCCCAGUGGGGAGAAGCCACUCUUUGACCCCAGGACUCUCUUUUCCCUCGCUGAGUCUUUAGGUGUCUUGAAUAUCAACAGGAACAACAUAGAUGAUGUCAGAGAUCUUGCCGUUCUAAAGAACACACAUUUCUUUGCUGCAGACAACCAGCUACAGGACAUGCAGGAUUUAGAGGGGGUGUUGAGUCAGUGGCCUCUGCUGCAUCGAAUGGAUUUGAGUGGAAAUCAUGUCUGCCACAAACCAAAAUACGGAGACAGGCUGAUAACUGUGUGCAAAAGACUGGACUUCCACAUGGGCCCCCAUUCUUCAUACAACUAUAACUACGGCAACACCCUGGGCAAGAAGAAUCCUCUGGAGGGGGCGACCCAGCAGGCCACGGAGCCUGAAGAAAGUCUGAGGCCUGUGAGACAGACAUGCCAGCUCUGCUAA